CGCUCAGCCGCCUCUCGUGCCUGUCAAACAACAAAGAGGGCAUAGUCCUGUCGCGUAUCCCAUCCUCGUACCUAAACACAUUGUUGGAAGCCGCUUGAUAACGCCUGUGCAUCACCAGUUGGAUAAUACUCCGAUUACUCGAAAGGAUCGAUUGAGUAGCAACUACUUUCCUCGUUAUUUGUUUCCGCUGGAUGGUCACAGCUGAGCUGUGGUCACCAUGACGACAGACGAAGUAGAGAGUCACCAGCAGAAGCCAAGACAGCAGGAGGAGGCUGGCCAGGAAGCAAAGCCAUCCACUCCAGAAGAGGAGAACCUCCGGCCUGGCGUCCGCAACUCUGCUGGCCGUGGCCUCUCCCGCCUCUUCUCGUCCUUCUUGAAGAGACGUUCGCAAUGCGAGAGUGAGGGAGGCGAGAAGGGGGAAAAGGAGAAAGGAGAAGCCAAAGCUCCCAUUGCUGACCCAGAGCCUGAGCUGAAGAUAGAGGGAGAGGUGGCCCCCGACCAGCACUCAGUUAGCAGUGCUGAGGCCCAGGCUGCACAGGUAGAGAAAAAAAUCGCUGAAGAAGAGGGGAAGGAGGAGGGUGGGAAAGACCACGAGCUGGACAAGGAAAAACCCGAGGUCUCCACGCUGGAGAAAGAAGACGAUAACAAGAAGGAGGAGGAGGAGGAGACGGAGAAGGCAAAGGAAGGUGGCUCUGAGCGCGGCAGCAACGGAGAAAAAGAGGAGAAGGCCACAGAAGAGGAGCCUAAAACUCCCAAAGCUCCACGUCGCCCCAAAACCAUGCAGAUUAAAGUCACACUGCUGGACGACACCCUGUAUGAGUGUGAGCUGGAUAAACAUGCCAAAGGACAGGAGCUAUUCACAAAAGUAUCAGACCACCUCAAUCUGCUGGAGAGAGACUACUAUGGUCUGGGCAUCCCCCAGAUGACCAAUGUAAAGACUUGGCUGGACCUGACCAAGGAGAUCCGCAGGCAGGUUCAAGGUGCCAACUAUAAUUUCACAUUCAAUGUGAAAUUCUAUCCACCAGAUCCAGCUCAACUGUCUGAGGACAUCACAAGGUACUACCUGUGUCUGCAGCUGCGUAAAGACAUCUUGCAAGGGCGUCUGCCCUGCUCCUUCGUCACCUUGGCCCUGCUUGGCUCCUACGCACUGCAGUCAGAACUGGGCGAGUAUGACCCCGAGGUGCAUGGCAGUGACUACACUAAAGAGAUGAAGAUGGCGAAUGGACAGACAAAGGAGCUCGAGGACAAAAUGAUGGAACUUCACCGCACUUACAGGUCAAUGAGUCCAGCUCAGGCCGAUAUGAUGUUCCUUGAGAAUGCAAAGAAGCUGUCCAUGUAUGGCGUUGACCUCCACCAAGCGAAGGAUCUAGAUGGUGUUGACAUCAUGCUGGGAGUUUGUUCCAACGGGCUUCUGGUUUAUAAGGACAAAUUGAGGAUCAACCGUUUUCCCUGGCCCAAAGUCCUGAAGGUGUCAUAUAAGCGCAGCAGCUUCUUUAUCAAAAUACGUCCAUCAGAGGUGGAACAGUAUGAGAGCGCCAUUGGAUUCAAACUUCCAAAUUACAAAGCAGCCAAAAAACUGUGGAAAGUGUGUGUAGAACAUCACACCUUUUUCAGGCUGACAUCUACUGAAAUGGUCACCACUCCCAGGAAGUUCUUGGCGUUGGGCUCCAAAUUUCGCUACAGUGGUCGGACUCAGGCUCAGACCAAACAAGCCAGCUCUCUUAUCGACAGACCUGCUCCUCUUUUCCAGCGGUCAUCCAGCAAGAGGAAUUCUCGCAGCAUGGACGGAGCCAUGGCGUCCACUCCGGACAACAAAUCAAGCCGCCCAGUGAGUGCGCCCAUCAUGUCGCCUGUGUCCCCUGGAGACAACACGCCGUCCCCGCUGCUACACAACCUCCAUCUUGCCACGUGCAGCAACAGUUCAACACCUAAGUUCCGACGCUCUGUAGAAAGGAAAGCGGAGCUCAAAGGCUCCACCAAAAGUCAGAGCCCCAAACCUGAGUCCACUCCAGAAAUCAAGACAUUGGCCAGAAGAGAACGGAGGCGUUCCCCCUCUGUGACCAAGACCAACGGGGAACGAGAGAAAAAGAGCCAGCAUUCUCCUCAGGACAAAACAAAGAUGGAGAUGAUGCGAGUGAGGAAGAAACGAGCUAAGAAACUUGAGGGUGAAACUAUUUAUAUCAGACAUAGCAAUUUAAUGUUGGAGGACGUGGAUAAGACCCAAACAGAGAUCAUGCGUCACCACACAAGUAUCAGUGAGCUGAAGAGGAGUUUCAUGGAGUCGGGUCCUGAACCUCAACCAAGCGAGUGGGACAAGCGCCUUUCCACCAACUCGCCUUUUCGCACGGCAAACAUCAAUGGCCAGAUACAGCCAGCGUCUCCAUUGUUGAAGACCCAGACAAUCACCAUCUCAGAUGUCACCAAUUCUCUCCGAGGAACUGUGGCCUACAAGGACAUUCCCUUAGUUCACACCGAGACCAAGACCAUUACGUACGAGUCAGCGCAGGUUUCUUUCCCACAGCCGGUGGACACCUUGGCAGACCGGGACUCAGGAGUGCUACUGAGUGCCCAAACCAUCACAUCCGAGACCAUCAGCACCACCACCACUACCCAGAUCACCAAGACUGUCAAAGGAGGAAUCUCUGAAACUCGCAUAGAGAAGAGGAUCGUCAUAACUGGAGACACUGAAAUUGAUCAUGAUAAGGCUUUGGCUCAGGCUAUUAAAGAAGCAAAAGAACAACACCCAGAUAUGUCAGUCACCAAAGUGGUUGUCCACCAAGAAACGGAGAUUUCUCCCGAGUAAGGCAAGGCCAUUCUCUGUAAGCUGCCCACUUCGCCUCCUCUGCACCCACGUUUUACCUCGGAGCUCUGAGCCACGCCCAACAGCACUGCCUUUGAUUAAAAAAAAAAAUAAAUAAAUAAAUAAAAUACCCAUACCACAUCAGAGGGAUGAACUUGCACCACUGGACUAUGGACUUUAGCGUCUUUGAAUGUGGAGUACAGUCUGAAGGAGACAGACGGGGAAAAAAAAAAAAAAGCCCAAGAAUCCCCUCAAUUCCUUCUCCUGUUCCACUUACUGCCAAAAAAAAAAAAAAAAUUAACCCUUGGACAAUUUAAACGUUUUUUUAAAAGAAAGAAUGGAAAAAAGUACAGCAGUUGUGAAAUAACACUUCUCCAAUUUGGAGCUUUUUAGAAUUUUUUCAAAAGGGCAUUUGGUCUUUUAAAACCUUUGAGAUUACUGUACUUUAUUUUUCUACAGCGGUUCUUACCAACAAUUGGUUAUCAACAACGUGGAGCAAAGUUGAGUGUAUUUUUAACAAUGUGGCCCAAACAGCAUUAACAUAUAGGGAUUGUACACAUCAGGACUUAAAGUGGAACUGCACUUUUUUCGAAUUUUUAAUCACUCACAGUCCUUUUGUUAGAUACGCACACUUAUGUAUUUUUUUUUUUAAUUCUAUGCAUUCUAACCCUCAUAUAACAUCCCCCCAUAAAGCGCUUUAAAAAAAAAAACAUCCAAAGACCUCCAUUAAGGUUUUAUAUACAGUACACGCGGGGACUAUAUAUGGAAUGUAGUAACAGGCACAUUUAUUUUAAGUUAAAUCAAAGUUAAGUUAAAGUACUACUGAUAGUCACACACACUAGGUGUGGUGAAAUUACUUUCUGCAUUUGACCCAUUCCCUUGUUCACCCCCUGAGAGGUGAGGGGAGCAGUGAGCAGCAGCGGUGGCCGUGUCCGGGAAUCAUUUUUCAUGAUUUAACCCUCAAAUCCAACCCUUGACGCUCAGUGCCAAGCAGGGAGGUAAUGGGUCCCAUUUUUAUAUUCUUUGGUAUGACUCAGCCGGGGUUUGAACUCACAACCUACCGAUCUCAGGGCGGACACUUUAACCACUAGGCCACUGAGUAGUAUGUAAUUACGUGUUUUGCAAUUUUUUUAGCAUACGUUGGUGCAUUGAUUUCACUAAUCAUUUCUUCAACAACAAUUACCAUAAAUUACAGACUAUAAGCCGCUACUUUUUUCCUACACUUUGAACCCUGCGGCUUAUAAGACGGCGCGGAUAAUGAAUGGAUUUUUCUUCGCUGGCAGCUAUAAAAGAAAUAAUUUUAUCAAAAAAAAAUUGUCAGGGAGUUUUAUUUUUUUGUGCUAGGGCGCCAUCUUUUUGAAAGAGUUAGCUCACUGUAGGUGCUGCUGUGUCUUUCCAUUUACCGGCAGUGUUUUUUUUGUUUUUGUUUUUCAACAAAAGUGUUGUUCAGUCCUCUAGCUGCCCAUAGCGUUCUACUUGUAUGGAUUCUUCAUUCAUUACUCCAAGCCUCGUUAGCAUCAGCUAAUAUGCUAACACGAUUACGAGUGUCUGUGUUAGUGAUAUUAACUUACAAAGGCAUUCUUUUGGUAUUAAAAAAAUUCCUCAGUAAAUGCACCAAAACGUCACCACGGAGUUAUUGAGUUUGUUUAGAACAUUGGAGAGCUCACUUCCAAAGCUGGUGGGUCCAUGACUUUGACUUCUGUUUUGUUUGAUCUCCCGUUUUACUGCCGUGUAACAGGCCUCAUUAUGAAACAACUAGGAUAUGUUAAUAAACAUUUUCAAACUCUUACUGCGUAGAUAAAUCUUUUCGCAAUGAAUACAUCUGCGACUUAUGUGUGGCGAAUGUAUGGAAAAAUAUGUAUUUCUUCUAAAAUUUAGUGGGUGCGGCUUAUAUCUACUGUGCGUUUAAUAGUCCGAAAAAUAUCAUGACAGACUUCAUGAGCGACAACAAACAUAAUCAAACAAUAUCUUACUGUACAAUGUCUGCUCUCACAUCUAUGCGUACUGAUGAGAUGUUCAUAUCUUGCCGUUUAGAUGAAUAAUUAGUCCUAAUCCACACAAAGGGUUAAUAAAUAAAAAAAGAUGGUGUCUCCAACAAGGGUCUUUUUGCGUCUUUCUCGCCAUCUCUAAGUCUUGGUUGAAUGUCACAGAUGAUCUUUUCGGUUUAUAGCCACAUCCUUCUACUAUCCAGGUGAGAAAAUUAACUUGCACCAGCACAGAUGCGAUCAUGAUUCAGCAGCUCAGUAUGUCAACACUGCUUUGUGACCACAGUGGCGGCCAAUAAAUUGUUUGUCUGUGUAAACGCUUAAAAUAACAACGUUGCUAACACUUGGUUAAUAUUCAGGUCACAAAAUGUAAAUAGAGAAUUGUUGGCGGUUUUUGGACCCAUUUUUAGAGUGGCUUCGAAGCAACAUGGAAUACUCCCAUUAGCACCAUUGUUAACCACCUAGAACGAGACAAUUAUUACAAAUUAGAAUGCAAAAAAAUAUAUAUAUAUUUUUGUCUCGCGUAAGGAUUGUGAUUGAUAGACAAAACUGUAAAAAAAAAAAAAAAAAAAAGUGCAGUUCCCCUUUAAGGUUCCCUUCCUAACUGCUUUAAUUUGUUGUACAGUCAGUGUUUUGUUUUCCCUUUCAAUGUGAAAAAAUAUGUUUUCAAUAAUUGUGGAAUGAUAUUUAAUUUACUUCACCUUAUUUAUCACUUUUAAGAAAAUUACUCAUUGCUUAGUAGUUCUUGUUGUUGUGCUUGUGAUUAAGGAGACCUUUACAUUAUUUCUUCGGACCCCUGUCUCGUUUUUGUCUGUUUUGUGUUCUCGGCACUCUAAGAACAUAUGUAUGUAUAUAUGUACUCUAACUUUAAUAUUUUUUAUUGGCAGCAGUCAACCUAAUCACGGGUGUGGUCCUUUUUAACGUGGAGACGUAGUAUCAGUACACAAUAAAAUCUUCGUAAAGUACAAAAACCACAUUGUCCUGCUGAAGGCAAUAUUCCAACUAUUAAACCAGUGGAACCUCCAAAUAGUUUUCCCAUGCGUGUGACACAAGCAGGCGCCAAAAGUACUUGUUCUUCAGGGGAGGCUCAGGCAAGCUUUAUGCAUAUUUUACUCUGUUGAACACUGGUUGUGCACGUAAUUUCUGAAAUUUUGUUUUCCUCCCUCAAAGAUAAAAUUCUGAUUUGGGGCUUUUUAGCAAACAUCUGGGAUUUGAGCCCAAGUAGCCACCCCUUAACUCGAUUGCCUACCUUAAUUGAUGGAGAUAUUUAAUUAGGUUACCGUGCCGCUACUUUUCCCCGCACUUUGAACCCUGCGGCUUACAAAAAAGUGCGGUUAAUAUAUGUAUUUUUCUUCGCUAACGGCCAUGAUGUUGUGUGUUCAACAAGUAGUUGUCAUAACACCGACAGAGACACUGAAAAGGUGUGUUAUUGUUUGUGGUACGGCGCCCCAUUUUGGACGAGUUUGCUCACGGCAGGUGCUGCGGGUUGAAAACAUACUUCCUGUUCCGUGCCUUGAACCGGCAGAUUAAGUCCCGUUUCGUCUACUGUUCGUCUGUAAAGUUUCUGCUUGAACGGAUUCUUCAUUAAUCACUCCAAGCAACGUUUGUAAGUUUUACAAUAUAACUAAAACAAUUCAUGCCUACUAAACCGUCCCAUGUGUGAUGUCUGUAGGAGUGUUUUCAUGCAUAUUUUUACGUGCCAUUGUAAUGUAAUGAAAUGUCAUUAGCGAAUAUGCUAAUACGUUUACGAGUGUCUUUAUUAGUAGUGUAUUAUCAACUUACCAAGACAUUCUUUUUGUUUUGUUUCAGUUUCACAAAUUCCGCAGUAAACCUGGCAAACGUCACCGUGGAGUUAUUGAAUACCAUGAAUUAGUUUACGUGGACCCCGACUUAAACAAGUUGUAAAACUUAUUCGGGUGUUACCAUUUAGUUGUAAAUUGUACGGAAUAUGUACUCGAUGAGGUGUACCCCGCCUUCCGCCUGAUUGUAGCUGAGAUAGGCGCCAGCACCCCCCGCGACUCCAAAAGGGAAUAAGCGGUAAAAAAUGGAUGGAUGGAUGUGCUCAACUGUGCAAUCUACUAAAAAAAGUUUCAAUCAAUCAAUCAAAAAAUCUGUUUAGCUGAUUGGAGAACUAGCUUCCGCAGCUAGUGUGUCCCAUGACGAUUCUGUUUUGGUUGAUCAGCCGUUUUACUGCCGUGUUACAGGCACCGUUUGGAAACAAUUAAGUAAUGUAAAUAAACAUUUACAAAAUAUUUCAAACAUGUAAAUACUGCGGCUUAUAGUCCGGUAUGUGUACAAAUAUUACUUCCGUGUCAGAGGCACCGUUUGGAAACAAUUAAGUAAUGUAAAUAAACAUUUAAAAAAUAUUUUGUACCUGUAUAUAUCUGCGGCUUAUAGUCCGGUAUAUGUACAAAUAUUACUGCUGUAUUACAGGCACCGUUUGGAAAGAAUUAAAUAAUGUAAAUAAACAUUUUUAAAAAUAUUUCGUACCUGUAUACUGUAUAUCUGCGGCUUAUAGUCCGGCACAUGUACAAGUAUUUAUAAAAAAAUUUGGUCGGUGCAGCUUAAAUGCUGGUCCAGAAAAUAAGGUAGUUUGCUGGCACAGACCUGGCCAUUAAGUAUUCAGUAGUCAUACAAUGUUCUGUGAGGUUGAGGACAGGGCUUAGAGGAGACAAUUCCAGAAGCUUAAUUGUGCUUUGUCCAUUAAAACACAAUUGUUGUUUGUGCAUGUGGCGGACGUGCGAAACAGAUGCAAACUUGCAAAAUAAGGCUCCCUUGAUCUUUCUCCGAGGUGUUACGAACUGAGGGUCAAUUUAACAAGGACACAGCGUACGAAAAAAGGUUUAAGUCAACAGGCUGACUAUGGUUCAUUGUACAUUUUGCAAAAUUCCCAUAGACACGAAUGAAAAGACCUGAUGUUGCGGGCCAAAAGAACAAAAGACAGUGAUUUGACCACCCUUUACGUGGCUGUCACACCAGCAGGAAGUAGCGGAACGGUGCAGGAGCGCAAUCUGUCGUGCACGUCCGGAUGUGACCAGAAAGGGGAAGGGAGGGAAAACCUCAGCGCUUGCUGCAAAAAUACAAAACCCAAAGGUGGAAAUACAAAAACAACCCUACUUCAAUGUCUUCUCUUCAUUUUGUUUACCGCCUAAGGCAGGCCUGGGCAUUUAUUUUGACUUGCGGGCCAAAUUUAAAGGAAAAAUGUGUAUGUUUCUAGGAACAUUACUACAAAACCUCACAAUAAUGUCUGAUAGAAUGUUAAAGACCGCCUUAAAAAAACAGAAUGGAAUUAGAAUUGUUUUUACUGAAUGAGACACCCAGAAUGUAUAUGUAAAUAAAGAAUGUGGGAUUUACAAUAUUCACUAUGAACGAUAAAACACUGAAUAUUGACAACAUAUGCCAUAUUUUACAAUCAAGCGAAAACGCAACAAACACACGCGAAGGGUAAAAAAAAAACCCACAUACAAUUGGAUAUAUGUGAUGAAUCACUAAGUUUUAGAACUUUAUUGUGAAAAUCUCCAUCUGUCCCUGACACCCACAUUUCAGGUUGACCAUUCUGGAAACACUUUGUGGAAACGCUCCCCACUUAGACUGUUUGGUGCCUCAUUUUAACUGCUGUGACUUACUUUACCAUAUUAACUAAUUAGAUUACCAUAGUAACUAAUUAGAUGACCAUAGUACCUUGUAUAUCAUGCAAAAGCGCAGAUUCCAAGCAUCAAAAGACUUUGUAUAGUUGAAGACAUGAGUGCAGAUCAUAAUGGCAGCUACACUUUCCAUCUUAGAGAUCUAAAAAAAAUAUUUGGGAAUGCCCGGCGGGCCAGAUUGAAAAGUUUGAAGGGCCCCAUGUGGCCCCCGGGCCUUAGUUUGUCCAGGUGUGGCCUAAGGUGAUGCACUUUCAAUUGUUGUCUUAGUGAUCAAGUUGACUUCCUGGUGAUUUAGCCCAAAUUAGGCAGCCAGGGUACAGGCAUCGUAUGACUUGAGAAGCAUUCAUCUUUGGAGGUUCCACUGUGCAUAAUGCAAUUCAUAAAAUACACAACAUUGUCCUAAUACCAACAUGUUUAUCACUAGCCUCAAUAGUAAUUAUUUGUGUGUCAUGUUUUGAAGGCGUUUAAUUAUAAUUUAGAACACUGUUCAAGUAAUCAGACUGCAACAAAAUUAACCAGAUUUCCAGGUUAUUUAGUAAUGGUCUAGUCAUGUAAAUGUGAAUAUAAGGUGGUGGUGGAUUAAAGCCAAACGAUUAAGUGUGGAAUUUUUAAAGGAAGAUUAAACUAAAUACAGGUCCUGGUCUAAUGUUUACACACACUUGUAAAGAACAUAAUGUCAUGGCUGUCUUGAGUUUCCAAUAAUUUCUACAACUCUUAUUUUUUGUGAUAGAGUGAUUGGAGCAUAUACUUGUUGGUCACAAAAAAACAUUCAUGAAGUUUGGUUCUUUUAUGAAUUUAUUUUGUGUCUACUGAAAAUGUGACCAUAUGACUUGACUGUAGACACUGACACCUGUGUUCCGGCAGCUUCCAAUUCAUUGCAGACCUGCUUUUUGCUGGUCCUCGGUUGACUCUUGAUCAUCCUGACCAAUGUUCUCUCAGCAGCAGAUGAUAGCUUGCGUUUUCUUCUUGAUCGUGGCAGUGACAAAACUGUGCCAUGCACUUUAUACUGUCGAACUAUUGUCUGCACAGUUGCUCUUGGGACCUUAAGCUGCUUUGUCCAAUCAUUGACUGAACGAAUUAUUGACUUGUUCAAGUCAAUGAUUCGUUUUUUUCAGAGUUCCUUUGACUUUCUCAUUGUCGCGUUUGUAACCGAGUCUAAUGACUGCAUCGCAUGAGCGCUAUUUAAAUGGGCCCAGAAAAGUCAACAGGUGUCGUCAAUCCUAAUCGCACACGUGAAGGUAAGAGGCCAUGCCAUGAAGCUAAUUUGAUUUGAUUGUAGUUGUUUCUACAUCACCAAAACUGAUCAUGUAUGUUGCUUUAUGUAUACUAUUGACUCAGCAGAUUUGGUCACAUUAACAGUAGACCCAUAAUAAAUUCAUAAAAGAACCAAACUUCAUGAAUAUUUUUUGGGACAAACAAGUAUGUGCUCCAAUCACUCUAUCACAAAAAAAAAGAGUUGUAGAAAUGAUUGGAAACUCAUUAUGUUCUUUACAAGGGUAUGUAAACUUCUGACCACGACUGUGGACGAAUGACCUCAGUUAGGAAGGCAUCAUCAUCUUGCCUUCAGUAUCUCUUCAGUUUCCAUGUAUAUGUGUAACUAUGUCUACAAAUACCAGGUAUUUUUGAAUUUAAAAAAGGUAAUAUUUUUGUAAGAAAUUAGAAGUCUUAGACGCCGAGUUGACCUCCCGCUCAAACCAGGGGCAACAUAGUUGAAGUAGUAUGGAUAAUAUUCUGUGCAUCCUGCUAAUUGUAGGGCAGUCAUGUAGAUUAGAUAGUCAGCAAAAAAAAAAACUAUUUUCCAUCUUUUUAAAAUGUGUCAUACUAAAUGCUUUUGCUAAUACCGCUCACGUAUUUUUCAUGGCAUCCUUUUAUACAUGUUCUGACAGGUGCACCAUUGUGAUCCAAAUAUCCUCAGAUUUCCAAUUUUUUUAUUUGUGUAUGCAAAUGUUUUGAAUUUGGCCACUGCAGUCAAGCGGUAAAAAUGAUUAAUAUAGAAGCUUACUUUAACAACCCCAAGGUAAAUACUGUUAAUAUUAUUUAGUUUUGCUCAUGUAACCCUGUGUUGCACAUUUCCAACAUGAGGCUAUAUUCUGUAUAGUUCUCCAAAAGGUAGUUGAUUGUUUAUUAGUGUGCUGUUGUCUUUAUCGUGACACUCGAGCAACAUUUCGUGUUCUUUGUUGAUUGUAUAUCCUCACCAUCACAGCACCACUGAAUAAAGUGUAUCUUAUCCUGUU